CUCGUCUCAAGGUGUUGCCAGCCAGAAUCGACCGAGGCAAACACAGUGGGAGUCGCAGCCAAAGCUCCCACCGAUGAGCGCAAGCCGAGGGGAUGGAGGGUACUAUGGGAGAACACCGAGCCGCAAUGCGCCACCAGGCAGUGUGCGGCGAUCGUCACAAUACAGCGGACGUGCUUCGGCAGCGGCCCUUGCACAGAUCAAUCAACCCAAAACGGAGAUGAGGCCCAUUCGUGACAAGCAAUGGAUAGCAAUGGCCGCUCAAACAGUGAUGGAUCACCUUAUCGAGAACCGAUUUCCCCUUCCAUUGGAGAGAAAAAUGUUUGAUCAAGGCCCAACGCUUAAACUCUUCCAAGCAAUGUUCAUGUUUUUGACGCACGACGUCCUCUAUCCUGGUUACGUGUUCGGCAAAGGCGGGAGAAAAUUCGAAGAGGAUGUGAUUACCCUAAUGAAGGAUUUGCGAUACCCACAUGCGGACCAGAUCAGUCGAACAGCGCUACAAGCGGCAGGUAGUGGCCACGCAUGGCCAGCGACCCUGGCGAUGCUCUAUUGGAUGGUCGAGCUGAGCCAGGCAAAAUUACAAUGGUUCAACCCCGAAAUGUGCGAUGACCCGAAUCUCACCCCGAUAGAGAAGCUCUCGCCGGAACAAUCCAACAUGCCCGAGCGGUACUUUAUCGAUUAUCUCAACCAAGCCUAUCGCGCCUUUUUGGAUGGGAGCGACGAUUUCUCCGACCUUGACCAGCAACUACGACAGUCUCUUGGUAAGGUAACAAUGCACCCGGUAUUUCAGGAGCUGACGUUCUCUGGCAUAGAGCAAAGCAAUGGUGCUGUCAUCCAAGAGACCGAACGGAAGGCAGGUCAGCUCAAGAAGACCGUGGCAGAGAUUGAGCAGAUAAUGUCUCAUGUCCGUGUUAUUCAAUCUCCGCGCAACGAAAGAGACCAGCUCGAGAAGGAACACGAGCUGCAGCUCGCCGACAGCGUCAAAUUUCAAAAAAUGAUUGAGCACAACAACCAGAAAAAGUCAAAACUGGAAGAUGCGCUUCAGGUCCUCAACGCGGCUAUUAGCGAAGCAGAGGAGCGACUUGUUGCGUUACGAACAGAACAUGGGGGCUUGCUCAAGGCUGUCGAAGAGCAAAAUCUCUCUCCUGAAGAGGCCACGCGGAUGACCACUGAGCGCGACACCCUUGCUCGGACACUUAAAGACCUUCAUGACCGUGUUGCAGAAGCAAGCAAGACUCAGUGGGAACGGGAAAUGGCGGUUGCAAAGCGAGGGAGUUCGAUGGAAGACGCAAUUCAGGAAUACAUGCAAGUCGUAUAUCGCGCCGGCCUUUUCCCCGAUGCUCCCAAACCCUUCGAUCAAAUACAAUUCGGUCUCGAUGUUAACUUGACCGCACCCCCAGCUGAAAUGCUUAACGCUGAUAUUCGCCAUUCCAUUCGUCCUGCAGUCACGCGUUUCGGCGAAGAGCGACGACUCGUUCGAACUCGUCUCGACGAUGAGCGGAUAGUCGUUGAGGACGAACUCGAUCGAUUAACUCAAUUUGUCGAGAACCAGAAGGAAGAAUUGGAAAAUCGAGAGGUCAGGCUAAAUCAGUUGCUUGAGCGUGCUGAUGAGAUCAGGGAGCACGCCGCAACAGAAACCGCUGAUAGCAACCUUGAGUCGGCGCGGCUGGAGCGCGAAGUCGCGAACAUUCGCACUGCUGCACAACAGAGUGCACUUGGAUUGGACUCGCGCUUGCAAGCUCUUGAGAUUGAAUAUGCUGAUCUCCAGCACAAGACCGCCAGAUUACGGGACGAGGUGCUGAAGGAGGUUGUCAACCACACCGAGGCAAUCGUCACGUUCCGGACACAAGUAUCCGCGAGCUUGGAUAGCCUUGCCUUGUAUGCGGAGAAUAACUGA